AUGGCGACAGGCCUGCAUUUUCUACAUCAAACGCUCAGGUUGUACUGUAACUGCCAGCGCCUUGUGACUGCCUCUGGUCACCCAGAAGUUCUCCCUGUUGUUCAGGCAGGCCAUGCCGAGCAAGAUCCCCUAGUCGUGGCCCAGCAGAAACUCCCCAGCAGCUCAAGCGAGCGCUGGCAUUUUCCGGCUCUUCACGAUUUAGCGGGGGUCACGCCCUGCACACAUCCCGGGGUGGGAGCCCCAGGUUUCAGCACACUGGCCGCCAACAGGCAGGCCCAUGAGCAAGUCGUCAACACCCGAAGUGUCGACCGAAGUCCUCCUUGUCAGGGCUUCAGCGUGUUAGAAAAUGCCCCUUCUCAGAGAGCGAAGCCGUGGCCCCCGCCGAGGCCAGGCCUGCCUGAGCCAGUGGCGAGCUUCGAGCCCUUGCUGGAGGUCUCCCUGAGCUCGGGCCUGCACACGCUCAACGCGCACUGUAACCGCAUCGCCAGAAUCGAAGGGCUCGGCCACCUCCGGAACCUGCAGCAUUUAGAUCUGUCAUCAAACCAAAUCCGCCGGAUCGAGGGGCUAAGUUCCCUGGCUAAUCUGCGCACCCUGAGCUUAUCCUGUAACCUGAUAACGAAAGUGGAGGGACUGGAAAAGCUCUUUAAUUUAACUAUACUGAAUUUGUCUUAUAAUCGCAUACAUGAUCUCUCUGGAUUUCAGUGCCUUCAUGGAACCAGUCAUAAGAUUAGCCAUAUUGACCUUCACAGCAACUGCGUAAACAAUAUUAAUCACUUACUUCAGUGCACAAAGGGGCUGUGCUGUUUGACGAAUCUGACACUGGAAAAAAAUGGAAAAGCCAAUCCAGUUUGUCACACAGCAGGUUAUAGAGAAACUGUUCUUCAGACGUUGCCCCAGCUAACAGCUCUAGAUGGAAGAAAUAUUUCUGGUGAACCAGUGGACCUGGCAGAAGAAAACUGUUCAGAUUUGCAGUGUAUAGAAGACAUUUUGGGCUCUUUGGUUUCAUCCGGGUGCCCCUCAUUCAGAGAUCAGAACUAUGUUACCUUACCGGUGGUGACACCACAUAUCGACCAGGCAUUAGCUCAUUUUCGUCAACGUACAAGAAUACCAGUACAAAGUGCCAUCAGCUCCUCUACAGAACUUGUCUCAUCUUCAGAACCAGAGAAGGCUGAACUUGAUAAAAUAUACAGUGAGAUGAGGAUUAAAAAAAUAGAAGAUCAAAUUUCACAGAUACUGCAAAAGGUGUCUGAUACCUCAAGAAGGGAAGCUCCUCCGAAUGUUCUCAAAGCUAAGAGAGACACAGAUCCAACUUCUGAGAGCGAAAAUGAGAGUGGGAAAGAGAACAACAGAAAGGUUGUGAAAAGAAGCAAGAUCCCUACUUACCGUAGAACUACCUUAUCUACUAGGUGUCAUGCGAAUCACCUUAAGAAUAAAAUAACUGACAGGGAAGAGAAGAAGAGUUCCUCAAAGUGUCCACGCUCCAGUCAGAGAGACUUUCAUCUCAAUUCAUCAUCGCAUACUCGAGACUUGGAAGUAGUGGGAAGAAAAGCUGAAAUAUUAACUGGAAGACAGAGCAAUGUAGAAAAAGUAGAAGACAUUAAUUCAAAUGCCACAGAGGAAUCAACAUACCGAGUGCUGAUUCAAGAACUGGAUCAAGAGAAAGAAAGGAGGUGGAAAGCAGAGCAAGCAGAGAAGAAAUUAGUAGAGCAUGUCCGAGAACUACAGAAACAUGCAAAAGAAGAAAAGAAUAUUCAGAGUAUGGCUGUAUACACUACAGACAGGUUAAAGGAAUUAAUAUUGAAAGAGAGAGCUGUUAAAGCAAGACUGCAAGCAGAUGUCCAACAGUUGAAAGGUGAAACUGAAAGACUUACUAAUGAGUUAAAUCAAGCAAGAAAUAAAGAAGCAGAACAUCAGAAGGCCAUGCAAGCUUUAGAAGAAACACUAUCCAAGAUGGAGGCACAGAGAUUGCAGCAACGAACUGUGGAGAUGAAACAGGUGCAAGAAGCAGAGCUUAAAGCAUCAGCAAAUGAAAGAGAAGUACAGUUACUUCGAAUAUCCUUUCGACAACAGAAGGAGAAGGUAAAACAACUACAUGAACUUCUUAUAUUAAGAGAGCAAGAGCAAAGGAAAGAACUUGAAACCCGAGUUGCUUUAAAUGGACCUGAAUUUCAAGAUGCUUUGUCAAAAGAAGUGGCUAAAGAGGAGCAGAGGCAUGAACAGCGUGUUAAAGAAUUUCAGGAGAAAAUUAGUAUGUUAAACCAGAAGUACAAAGAGUUAGAAGAUGAAUUUCGUUUAGCUUUAACUAUUGAAGCAAAAAGGUUUAAAGAGGUAAAAGAGCAUUUUGAAAAUGUUGCUGCUGAUCUAGUUGAACAUAAACGAGCCCUCUUUGAGUUUGAACAAAAGGAAAAAGAGAUGGCAAGUCUGAUCCAAGACAUGACAAGUAUAGUGAAAGAACAGAAAGAAAAGAUUGCAGAAUUAACAAAAUCAAGUGAAGAAGCUACAGCAAACCUAAAGUGUCGAACUGGAGAACUUGAAAUUGCGAUUGAGGAGGACAAACAGAAGGCUGUUCAAGUUGAACUUCUGAAAAAGGAAAACGGAAAACUUAUUUCUCAGCUGACAGCCCAGGAAUCUGUGAUAGAUGGGUUAAAAAUGGAAAGAAAAAUAUGGGGGCAGGAGUUGGCACAACAGGGAGCUCAUCUUGCUCAAGAUCGGGGGAAACUGGAGGCAAAAAUUGAAGUUUUAACAAAUGAGAUUGAGAUGUUAAAAAAGCAAAAGGAACAGGACAGUGAUACUAUAAGAAUUAAAAACAAAAUAGUGGACGAUCAGACAGAAACAAUUAGGAGAUUAAAAGAAGGCUUACAAGAAAAAGAUAAACAAAUCAGAAAACAGCGUGAAGAAAAUCUGGAAGCUCAGAAAUUUUUUCAAGUACAGUUGGAUGAAAAAGCUGCUGAAUUUGAAGAGCUAAUGGAAAAAAUAGAAAGGCAAAAUGAAAGAAAAGAGGAAUUAAAGCAACUGCUAGAAGAAAAAGAAGUAGAACUUGAUGACAUUAAGAAUGCACACAGUGCACUGAAAAAGAAGUGGCAAGGUAAAGGAGAGCUAUUAAGCCAGCUGGAGGUGCAGGUUAAACAAAUGAAGGAGAGCUUCGAUAUCAAAGAGAAGAAGCUGAUCGAAGAGAGAAAUAAAAGUCUUCAAACUCAGAGGAUUGCUGUGGAAAAGCUUCAUGAAAUGGAUGAUGCCUUUAGAAAACAACUUGAGUCAAUGUUGGCAGCUCAUCACGAAGAACUACUGCAGCUGGCAAAUGAAAAGGAAAAACAAAUUGAAGCAGCAAAUGAAAAAGUUUACUGUGUUGAAGAAGAAAUGAGGCAGCUUCUGCAGGAAACAGCAAACAAUAAAAAAGCCAUGGAAAAUAAAAUAAGACGACUUACACACGCACUGAAUGAUAUUCAACAAGAUCUUUGA